CGGAAUUGAUAGCAUUUUAAAAAGGUCUGCCAUCAAAUACAAAUCCGGCGGGUAGAAAAAGACGAAUCUCCGGAAAUACUUUAUUUUUGCCACGUGUCUCAAUCACAACGCAUUUUUCACUAACUCAUCGUCAGUCGAAGUGAACUGAGAAGACUGUGAAUGUUUAACUUUAUUAUUAUUAUUUUUAUUACUUUAUUCUAAAAAAACAACUUUGGAUCCGUUUUAAGUGAAAGAGCUUUUGUCUCAAAGAGCAGGAGGAAGAAAGAAAACGCUUUGGCUGACUGAUCUGGGGAGAAAACUGGUCGUGAUGGUGGCGAAGGUGGCGGGGAUGUUAGAAAGCCGGCACUGAUGGUGCUGAUGGUGGUGGUGGUGGUGGUGGUGGCACCGGCGUUAGCAAUGACGUGGCCAUCUUAGCGUUCCCACUAAUAAAAAAAAGUGUGGGGAUGGAUCUGAGUUGGUUCAGUUCUAGGUUGAUUUGAACCGGUUGGCCUAAAGCUGGUUCCCACACUUUUUCCUUCUUAAAAUCUCAAGUUUUAAGCUUUCAGAGUUGAUGAUUUAGUUGAGCUGAGACUUGAAUAGUGAAGAAAAGACGAUUGUUUGUGGUGUUUGAUAUGUUAUAUAUUUGCAGUUGAAUAUUGAGAAAUUGGAUUUGGUAUGCUUAUAAAAGAUGCCACUAAAGAGUAUUAUGCGGGAGUUAAAGGAAAUGAAAGAAGGGAUUGGGAACAUAUCAAAAAGAGGAGGAGAAAGCAAGCUUUGGCGUAGCCGGAGUAGAUCCCAUGUUGCUCCUGAUCAAGCACCUUCAGAAUCUGAAUUCGCAGAACAAAACCCGUGGGCGAAUCUACCGCCUGAAUUGCUCUUGGAUAUCAUCCAGAGGGUCGAAGAGAGUGAGACAGCUUGGCCUGCUCGAGCUGUUGUUGUUUUUUGUGCUGCAGUUUGUAGGUCUUGGAGGGAAAUUACUAAGGAGAUUGUGAAGACUCCUGAGCAAUGUGGAAGGCUCACAUUUCCCAUCUCGUUAAAGCAGCCGGGUCCUCGCGAGUCUCCAAUUCAAUGCUAUAUUAGAAGGGACAGAGCAACUUCUACAUAUCUUUUGUUCUAUGGUCUGGUGCCUUCUGAAGGAGAGAGUGAUAAAUUGCUGUUGGCAGCAAGAAAGAUCAGAAGGGCAACAUGCACAGACUUUGUUAUAUCUUUGGUUGCAGAUGAUUUUUCUAGGGCCAGCAAUACUUAUGUUGGUAAAUUAAGGUCUAAUUUUUUGGGUACCAAGUUCACCAUAUAUGACAGUCAACUUCCAUGUGACUCAAUAAUCCCAUCAAGUACCCGAUCAAGUCGUAGAUUCCACUCGAAACAAGUGUCUCCAAGAUUACCUGCUUGCAACUACAGCAUAGGUACCAUUACCUACGAGCUCAAUGUUCUGCGAACAAGAGGACCAAGGAGAAUGCAUUGCAUUUUGCACUCAAUUCCUGUCUCUGCUAUUCAGGAAGGAGGUACUGCCCCAACACCAUCAGCAUUCCCACAAUCCUUUGAUGAACAACUUUCUCCCUUACCCAGUUCAAAAGGAAAGGAACCGGUCAUAGAAACCAGCUCCCCAAGCCUCCCAGCCACACCAGUAUUCUCCCCAGGCACAGGAGAACCAUUAACCCUUAAAAACAAGGCUCCUAGAUGGCAUGAACAGCUACAGUGCUGGUGCCUUAACUUCAAGGGGCGUGUGACAGUGGCCUCUGUUAAGAAUUUCCAGCUUGUUGCAGCUGUUGAGCCAUCACAUAAUGUAUCACCUGAAGAGCAAGAGAAGGUAAUCUUACAGUUUGGAAAAAUUGGCAAAGACAUCUUUACCAUGGAUUAUCGAUACCCUCUAUCUGCUUUUCAAGCCUUUGCAAUCUGCCUAAGCAGCUUUGACACCAAACCAGCUUGUGAAUGAUCACCACUGGUUGGGGAGCUGCAUCAUUGAUGUUGUCAUGGACUAUUAUCACUCUUCCUUGUUUUCAAGCCUUUGCACUUCACCAGAGCAGCAUUAUCCCAAACUGGCCUGUGAAUGACAGUAUGUUGGUAGGAGAGACAUUCUCCUCUAGAAUGCUUCCUGUAUUUUUAGUAAUGUAUUUAUGUUCUAAUGGAAGCUUUUCUUGUAUUGAAUUUACUGGCUGAUCCUAAGCCGUUCGGUGCAUGGCUUUUCUGAUCAUGCAUCGGACUUGUAUGAUCAACUUAGAACCAAAACUAAAUUAACAGCAAAUUGCA